AUGCUGCCUGGGUUGAUGUACGCGUUGUUAGCCGGAUUCUGUGCUGCUGUCGCUUCAUCAUCUGCCAAAUUAUCUUUGGGUGCCGGUUACCUUAAGGAGCUGUGUGACACUGCUGUAAGAACAUGGACUGAGGAGGUCGGAGUAACCCCUGGGGUGGACACCACUGCUUGUGAAUGGGUCCACAUUCCUCUGAGACUGGUGUGUGGCCUUCUGCUCUUCAGCUCUAAUGCUGUGAUGUGGACCUUCUUUGCCAAGGCUCUGCGACAUUCAUCGUCUUCAGCUCGGGCUACUGUAACCACUACUGCCUCUAAUUUCAUCUCCUCUGCAUUCCUUGGAUAUUGGAUUUUUGGAGAAAGCCAUGCACUGUUGUGGUGGUUUGGCAUCUCACUAACCUUGUUGGGGCUCUUUAUCUUGCAUGGAUCAUCUCUCAAGGACCAACAAUUAGACGGGAAAAAGGAUGACUGAUCUCUCACGUGUUGAAGAUGAUUUCUAAAUUAAGGGAUGUUUUUUUAGUUUUUUUUUGUAUUGUGGUGUACAGUGACUGUGCAGCUAUACUUUAUCUAGGAGCGUUAUGCCAAUACUGGCUAGAGCCUACAUUUUCUCUCAAAUCACAAGCAGUUCUUCAUGGCGUGGAUUCCACAAGAUGGUGACAUGUUGACAUGAUUGCAGCACAGGUGCCAUUUCAUGCUGUGAAUAUCCCAUUCUACUACAUCUCCCAUCUUGUUCUGUUGGAUUCAGAUCCGGUGACUGAGAACAUCACAAAAGACCGUUGUCAUGAAACCUGUUUUAGAUUAUUGCUUUGUGACAUGGGGAACUUGCUGGAAGUAGCCGUUAGAGGAUGGGUAAAUUUUGACCAUGAAAGGGCACACAUGCUGUUGUGGAGUUCAUUCUUCUCGAUGGGCUUGUCUGGCAAUACACUUCUCCUAUAAGCAUAUCCUGUGGUGAGAUAUCAAAACAAAUAUUUGAAAGAGAACUUCCAGUUAUGACCAUAAUCCUGGUUCUCUGAUACCGUGAGUAAGUUAUCUGACCAGACCACACUAACAGUACUCCUUUUAAAUUCUGUAAUGAUGAAACAUUGCCUGUCAAACGAAGGAGCAGCUUCCCUUUGUCCAUGACAUGUGGAAGCACUGUGAAACUGAAUACGUGUGUGUGUGAUGUUAAAGCACAAUAAGAACACUCAUUUGAAGUAAAAUAUUCCUUUUUUAUUA